GGAUAGAAUAGCUUGUUGUGUAAGCUAGCGGUCAACUUUUACUUGUCUUAAAGUGAGCACUGUACCUUUAAAACAAACUGUUCCCUGUUUUCUGUCCCGACUGUCGAACCGACCGGUGGCCACGUACGGCUGCGUGCUCAACGGUUAUCCCACGGUCUGCUCGGUGACGGGGGGGAACCACUUUAUCUGGUCACCGUCGCGACUUUGACGACGUAUAAGCUUAUUUUAGCUGCUUCAAGUGUAACUGUGCUGGCAGAGGAGCGGAGGGGUGAAGUUUUGAAUGAAGGUUCCCUGCUGGGACUGUUAAGCGGGAGGAGGGGGGCAGUUAGUGGGGUCGUCCGGGCUAUCGGAUCUGGGAUCUGCUCACAUUUAUAACCAGACAGACGGCGGCUUGUUCGUAUCAGAGCUGAGCUGAGCUGAGCUGAGCUGGACGGACUGACUUACGGAGGAGAAGUUUCGCCGAGGAGGACGCGGAGUUUUCAACUUUUUUUGUGAUUUAACCCGGACUAUAAAAAGAGCUGGAAAGUUUGGAAUAACAGAAAAGUUUCGACUUGGGUCCGGACCCCUGUCUCCUGUCAAGAGCCUCUGGACUGUAAGCUAACCAUUCACUCUGGAAAUAAUUACCACUCUUUUACUGACUUGUGAUUUAGUUAGAGUUUAACCUAAAGAAAAAGAUACAACUUUACUUUAGUUUGUCGAAGCAGACACGCUACUUCGAAAUGGAUAAAUACGAGGAUUUAGGACUCGAGGCGAGCAAGUUUAUCGAGGACUUAAACAUGUAUGAAGCAUCCAGGGAUGGUUUGUUUCGAACCAGGAGGGAUGCGGGAAACAACCCCGACUUUGAAGAGACAAGAAAAGUUUUCGCCUCUAAAAUGACUAAAAUACACAUGCAGAAGCACCAAGAGGAGAUGGCGAGAAACAACCAGGCCAUUAAAAUGAAUGGUGGGUACAACAGCGCUUACACCAAAGACAGACCGCCCAUCAAUAGUUACAGGCAGCCGGGUGAGGCGGCAGCGAAGCCCCCGAUACUGUCUGGCCCUGUGCCGGGCACCGCGGCGGGGAGUCAGUACGCGCAGUUUGACGGACAGAAACACCACACAGGCAUUCAGUCUGAACCUCCAGGCGGCAGGGCAUAUGGCUACGGAAACAAUUACGAUAAUAAGGAGCGCUUAGAGCCACAUUCAUACCAGCACACCACCCCUGCUCCCCCGAGCCCAGGAAGCGCGGCUCACAGCGCGCCCACACAUGCUCGUCACCCCGUCAUCCAGCCCGAUGCCUGGGCCCCAUCCAGUGAGAGCCAGCGCUCCCCAUCUUUGUCUGGGUCUGGGAGCAGCAGCAGGGCAUUACAGCACCAGUCUGCACCUCCCACUGCCAACAGUGUCCCACCCCAGCACAACCAGGCUGUCACCCCGGUUGUAAACCAGAGUCCACCCUCCUCUGCCGGGCCAGCCAGGGGAUGGGCGGGAGAGCCCGCUGGCUCAGCUACGCCAGACCUCAUCCCUGCCCUGCCUCUGAGUGCCUUCACAGGUGGAGCCGACGGGCACAUGAAGCAGCCUCCCAUACAGACUGCGGCCCAUUACCAGCCACCUUCUCCAAUUUCAAGAUCCUCUACCAACCAUAAUGGUCCAGUGUCUGCCUCCUCACUUCUACCUGCAACCUCUGAGACGCUUCAAACCAAAGCCCAGAUGACAACUUCCCCCUUGAUCCCAGCCAGUGUCUCCAAAAGCAGCAGCAGCCAGGCUCAAGGCCACAGCCAAAUACUUGCACGGGCUACCAGUGCAGAAGCUGACGUCCUGUGCUCCCCCAAGAAUGGCCAACCACACUGCCAGCCUCUCCUCACGCAGGCUCCUGAACAACCUUCAGCAGCUGAAAUAAAAUUAGAGGCCCUCACUAAGCGGCUGGAGAAAGAGAUGGAUGCCCAACCGAAGGCUGACUACUUUGGAGUCUGCGUUAAGUGCAACAAAGCUGUGUAUGGAGCCAAUCAGGCCUGCCAAGCUAUGGGUAGCCUCUACCAUGACAGCUGCUUCACCUGCAGCGCCUGCAGUCGAAGGCUCAGAGGGAAGGCGUUUUACUACGUUGGAGGGAAGGUUUUCUGCGAAGAGGACUUUCUGUACUCCGGUUUCCAGCAGUCUGCAGACAAGUGCAAUGCAUGUGGACAUCUGAUCAUGGACAUGAUCCUGCAGGCCCUCGGGAAGUCAUACCACCCUGGCUGUUUCCGCUGUGUCAUCUGUAAUGAGAGCCUUGAUGGAGUGCCCUUCACCGUGGACACUGAAAAUAAGAUCUACUGUCUCAAAGACUACCACAGGGUCCUGGCGCCUAAAUGUGCAGCAUGUAAACAGCCUAUCCUGCCCUCAGAGGGCUCUGAUGAAACCAUUCGAGUUGUAUCCAUGGACAAAGACUAUCAUGUGGAAUGCUAUCACUGCGAGGAAUGUAAGAUGGAGCUGAACGACGAGGAGGGUCACCGCUGCUACCCUCUGAAUGGCCACCUUCUCUGCCACUCCUGCCACCUGAAGAACAUCGAGCCGGGCAGCUCCCCUCCCAUCACCACCACCGCCUCCUAUUAACAUUGCCAUAGGUGGAGGGAGACGCCUGGUGGAUAGACGGAAGAACUGCCUCGGAGUGACUGACAGCAGGAGUGCAUAUGUACAAUUCUUGUUGUAGAGGAUUGAUUAAUGCGAAGUGUCAAAUCAUGUUUGAUGUGUUUUUCAAAUGAAUGUUAAUGAGGUUUCCAUUACCCCUCAGGAUGUUUUGAUCCAAUAAUGAAGUUUUAUAAUACACCAAAAGCCUACUU